CUCAAGAGUUAUCACGACACUACACACUCUCACUCAUGUCAAGCUGAACACGGAGGGCUCGUGAACACAGUCUAGUAUUGCAGUCUCUAUACAUCCAAGCUUUCAGCACAAGCACACACAUGGCUUUGGAAAAACCACACCGGACCUUGGGAAAGGUCACCACCGUAUUUGCAACCAAGCUGAAGUCUUUCACCUUUGUGCCACUUCUAAAAAGACUGCCUGCUGAGAACAGGAUGUGGAAAAAGGUACUUCAGGCAAGCAAACCAAGCAAGACUUCACAAGAGCCAGGGGACACUGAGAAAAGCAUGGCGGAAGAGGGAGUCUACAAAGCAGAGGUUGUUUAUGUUCAAGACCCUGAAGAGGACCAGCCUGAAGAAACGCUCAAGAACACCACUCAAAGUGAAAUUCGGUCAGCUGACAAUUUAACCCUUAAACCACUCACCACACUAGCUGGUCCUCACACAGUAUCUGGAAGCAUAACCCCUGAGCCUAGUCCAGCUACCCUGGAAACCAUUGAUAACAAACACCCUGGCAUUUCUCAGCUAGGUUUUCACAAUACUUCAGAGGCUGCUGAGGUCAGCUCAGGUCUGUUUAUAAAUAGAGAGGAGGCCCUUAGCCCUGCCAGUUCCAUUGAUUUUUUCGCUUCCCCUGCUUCUUCUAAGGAGUCUAUUCUCUCUGAGGGCUGGGAUAAGGACAGGAGCUGGUCAGGGCUCCAUAUGUUCUCACGGGAGGGUUCUCCUGGCCUCUUUAGUGGCACUGUUUCACCAUGUUCUUCCAUAAGAUCUGGGGCCUUCACACCUUCUGUGGUGACAAUCAAGCGGCACUCCUUGGCUCCAGGCUCCAGUCUGCUGCAGAUGUCAUCCACUUGCCAAACACCCUGCUGUGACAGCCGGGCAACCUCACCCUGUCCUCUGACACCCCGUGCCCGGCAUAGACUCCCUCCAACCCAGCUCUCCUUGUUGACGGCCAUCCUCAGGAAAGGUCGUCUGCCAGUCCUGUCCUCUGCUUCACAAAGACCUUACACACCCUGCUGGCCAAUUAGUCCAGUUAACAUGUCCUCCUGUUCAGCAUGCUCAGCUGCCUCUUCUGUUGUACCCAUGAACGUCUCCAAAGCAAAGUCUUGUACCUCCAUAGAUAGACCCCGUACUGGGUCUUACCAGGUUUCACAAAAACCAGACCAUAGUUCUCUUUCAGUGUCAACAACCGUCAAGACAACUGAUGAAACCCCACUGACAAAACCACCAGAAAGACUUGACUCAUGUCGACAUUUCAUCAGUGCUACAAGACACAGUCUUUCACCAAGCUUACCUACAGUUCAGGCUACCAAUUCUCACCUGUCGAAAUCAGGUCACAAAGGAAAUUGUUUACCGAAAGUCCCUAGCGCUCUUUUGUGCAGUUCUCUAUCCCAUAUGAACUCCUCAUCUGGUAUAUCAAGCUCUUUGUCUUGCUCCAGAACAGAGAACAAGAAAAAUCCAUCAAUGCCAGUGAAUCACCCUGCAUCUAUAGAACCAAUCAAACCUUUAACAUCCUUAAUGCAGGAUGAUGAAAUAAAAUUCUACCACAAGUCAGAAAAAGAUUCGUCUGCACUAUCUGAGCUCUCUAAUGCAUCGUAUCUGAAAGACAGAGGAUGUUCAUCUGACCAUUUAGAUACCUCUGUAUCAAAACCUACACAACCUUCAUGUAAAUCUUCCUCCUUUCCUGCUCUGAAACACACAAUUGAAUCACAUAGUAAUUCCAUAUCUCCUGUUUUAUGUCACAAGGAGAAUAAACAAAAUACUCUUUUCCAAAAUGGUGGCAAAAAUGAUAUCGAAAGAGUGCUCCUAUCAUCCCCGGCUUUUAGAUUGUCUCCCUCUCCCAGACCCAUGGGUCUCUCCCGUUUGUCCUGCACACCUCCAGCCUCUCCUGCCUGCCCUUCAGUCCACCCAAACUCUCGUUCUUCCACCCCAGACCGCUGCACCCUCUCACCCUCUCCAGCUGUCCCUAGCCGUCAGCUCUCCCCCUCACCCUCAUACUCCUUCUGUUCAUCACCCUCUCCGUCCCUAUGGGGCAGCACACCAGACUGCACAGACGGAGACUGUAAAAAUAGAAAGACAUACAAGAUCAAAUCCACCUACAAGGCACUCGCUGCUAUUCCCACAAAUACUCUGCUCCUGGAACAGCAGGCAAUAGAUGAAGAGGUCAACAAGAAAGAGGCUUCAUUCAAUCCCGCAGGCAAUUAUUCUUGGGAGGACCCACAUGCAGAGAUGUGCUCUCCUGCGCAGCUGCGUCAGCAGACCGCAGAGCUAUAUGCAACCAUCGAUGAAGUUCUCGAGGACUCGAGCCAAAGACCUCAAUCAGACCAUGUGAACAAAACCAAUGUGAAGUCUUUGACAGCCAAGGCUUCAAGGCCACAGACGUCAUCACCCUCUCCUAAACUACUGGGACGGGAAACAAGAUAUGCAAGCUGUCCUUUUCAACCCUCUGUAACCACUGAAAAAAACAUGACAAAGCCUGGAGUUAUUAGACCAGUUACUGCAACAUCAAGAUUAACAGAUGAUGAAGAAUUCCACCCAAAUCCUUUCAAGAACCUUCAAGGGAACAAAUCCAACCGUUACCAGUACAAGGCAUAUGUCAAGGAACAAGGAAAUCAAAGGUUUGUCAGCAGUGCGCUCUGCAGUGAAACCCAAGCAGAUGGUACAGGAGCUUCAGAUGGGCAGGCAGCGUGUGGAGAGGGGCUUGCUUCACAGCCACAAGGAGACUGUAAGAUAAGGCUGGCAUCCCUCAGCACGGAGACCAGCAUCUCCACGCAAGAUGUUCCCACCUCCACGAAACCCCAGGAGACUCACAUAUGAUGCUUACAAGAGAGCCUGAUCUGAUCGUAACUGUGACUGCACAUUAAUAAGCCCAUUAAAGGCAGCAAACAUCAAGCAUCUUAAAAGCUGUUCCUUCCUCAAUUGAACAAGUAAUUAAAAAGUAAUAGUAGUUCUACACAACAGACUGUUAUUCAUCAGCCUUUCUUUUUAUUUUGCUCUGAAAUGUGACCAGUUGAUAACUGCUUUUAUACUAUUCACCCAAUGACAGAAUAGGAAGUGACAGAUAAUUAUUAGUGCACUUUUGAACAAUGUACAAUCAUCAAGUUCAUAGUAAUUGCUCUGAAAUUGGCCUUACUGUCCACAUCACAUUUACACAGUCACAGCGCUUUUGAUAUGAUGUGGCCUUUUCACUUAAUUCAAGAAUAAAUGUAUGGCAUGUUCAAGACACUUCUCUUUAAUGAUUAAACUCAGAAAUGCUAAUUCAA